AUGCAGGCUGACCAAGAUGCUAUGCAUGUUGACGCACCUAAGCCUAAGUGUCCUCAUGCACGCCCAGUGGGGAAAGCUGCAAAGGACUUGAAGACCUCCAACUCGACUAUGGAUGAUAGGCAGGCAGGAGCAAAAAUUGUCGCCGAUAAGCCUCUUGUCACCAAAGGCAGGGGUCGCGGGGGUGGAGCUAAAAAGUUAGCAGCUGAUGCUAGCAUCGAAAAUCCUGCAAGUGAGGAUGAGGAUGGGGAGCCAGUCCAAACCAAAAAGAAGAAGAAACUGGCGGUGAGAGAAGCAAUUCAAGCAGUAUUAAACGCUGGCAUCGUUAUCGACUCAACAAAGGCACGUGAUGGAGAAGUUCAGAAGACGUCUGAUGUGGGAGCACCAUCAGCAGCAAUGUUCCGCCCCCACCCACACCCAUCAGUACCCUCAAAUGCUGGAGGCUUUACAGAGUUCAAUAUGUAUGCGUCUGAUGAGGACGAGGAUGACGAGGAGCUCGCAAAACCUCUUUCUCAUAUUACAAGCAACAAGGCUUACGCGGGUAUUGUGAUUGUUCCCAAAGCUCUUGACGGUGUAGUCCCUUCAGAUGUUACCUGUCACAGUGCAACCGAACAGCCUGAUCCGAUUGAAGAUGUGGAUGACAUCGAUGUCUUCGCAGACAUCCGCGGCCACUUAAUAGAUUCUGACGGCACCAACCCUGCUACACAACUCGAUUUCCUAAGGGAGUAUAAGGCCGAUGAUGAUGCCAAUCACGAGCUACAGUCCUUGGACCUUGAUUCUGACCUUGAACCUCCUCCCCCUCGCCCAAAAACCUAG